AGCAAUCAAGGGAGGCAAAUGGGUGGCACGACAUACCUCGAGUUCGUCAGGUUUCGAGCCAAGGCCAACCCCUUCAUUUCUGGCCUCUAUGAACACCUCCAACGUGAAUCUCGCGCCGCAAGCAGGAUUGUGUACCUCGAUUACCGCCACAAUGAGCCAUCUCAGCUUGAGCCAAAGCCCGUUUCCGCGAUGGAAGACGACCUUGUCUACCUUGUUGAAGGAGUCACGCCCUCCACGACACGCUUCCUUUUCGUGGAGAAUAUUACUUCCACCAUGGUCAGCCAGCUGGGCGAGGAUCUCGACAUCGAUCCUCUCUUCUUUGCUGACUACGUCAAUUUUCGUUUCGACAGUAUCCAGAAAGCGGCGGCCCCGCCUUCGUAUGCGACUUUACCGUCGCUCAUCGGGAAAAGAAAUCACAUCCAUCUUCAUCACUACCAGUUUGUGGCUUUGGGCGGCAGCGAUGGCUCUAAUGUCCCAUACGCAUUGACAACAGGCUCCAAUGUUCCUCGGAACGUCCGGCGACUGGCACCAAUAUCAGGCAGACAGCUUGCCCUCGCUCGGGCAUGUUGCUCCUUCAUUAUCAAGCCCGUCAAGACGUCCCAAAUCUGUCUGUUCCUCGUAGAUCCGCCCAUUACCUCUGUCGAAGCCCUACAUACGGAACUAAACAGGUCAUACCACGCAACAGUUUUAUGCGAUGGGUUUGAGGACUUCGAAUCACCAUGUUCAUUUUCCUCCUUCGCCCAUGGCAAAGCAAGCCGUUUAUUAAACACAACCUCGAUGCUGGAUACGAUCGUUCGCUACCUAGGGAACCAACGGCCGCCUGGAUUUCAUGCCAACUCGCCGAGCAUUCUGAGCGUAGGAUAUUAUCCAGUCCGCAUUGUGAUCUCUGGGUGGAGCCUCUACAACUACUUAACAACCCGCUGUUCCAAAUACGAUGAAUACUCGAUCCUCAACAAGGCUGGGCCAAUACGUGACGAGGAUAUUGCCCACCUUCAGCGCUGGCGGCGGCGCAGCAAAAGAGGACAACAACGACUUGAUCUACUAGCGGAAGUUAUCUGCUUUCAUACGCAAUAUGAGGACGAGAAAGAGCUCUGGAGCCUUAUUCUCAAAGAUGUUAGAUGGCUAAAGGCACAACAACAAGAAUUCUGUCAGUCCCUCGAGCAAAUGAUCGCGGUGGCAAUGUCAAUAGUGCAACUGCUGGAUUCGCGGCGAUCCAUCCUCGAAGCCUUCACCAUGAGACGCUUGACCUUUAUUGCCCUGGUCUUUAUACCAUUAGCCUGGGUGGCAAGUCUUUUCAGCAUGUCUGAUGCAUACUCACCAGGGCAUGAGCGCUUUUGGGUUUACUUUGCCACAGCACUACCACUUUUGGGAAUCGUUCUCAUUCUGUCUAUGCUUCGCUAUGGUCAGAUAGGCAAAUGGCUGAGACAAGCUUGGGAGGGAAGAGGAAGGAUUCAGAUGAUCGGCGAAAUGUAUCGACUCCCGCAGGUUGCGGUAUGA